UCAAAAUCGAGCGCAGGAGACUUCCGCUGCCUGCACCUGGUUGCGCGCUUGGCCUAGAUGUCGGGGCGAGCUUUGGGCAACGGAGCAGGCGAAUGAAACGACGCCAGUCCAGAAACGCGCGCCCCACCGCUCCAUGCUGCCUGGGUGGGGGGGGGGUCAAUGAAGACGCCCUGGAAACCCAGCACAGCAUUUGUGACCAGCACCAUGGAUUUUUCAUAUUUAUCGGUACACACUCUGCCCAUGAUGGGAGCCACGUUCACGGAGGACUUAGGGGACGGCUCGAAUCGCGACGACGACGCAGCGUCCGCGUGGACCGGCGACUCGACGACGACGACGACCACGCCGCCGCCAUCGUGGUGCGAGCUCGACACAGACCUGCACGCGGCGGGCGGCGGCGUCGGCCGCGAAGGUCGCGGGGUCAGGAGGAGGUACAGGAAUCUCGGCUUGUGGCUCGCCGUCGUUUCCACCGUCGCCAACAUCGUUGUCGUCUGCGUAGUGUACGCCUACUCCUUGUGACACCUGGGUUCCUCUCUUUAAAGGACUGUUCGUGUUACGGGGAAAAAUGGCUUUGCAUUUGCUUUGCUCUGCUCUGUCUGUGACAUAAAUGGGGGUGCAUGGCAGCGUUUGUAAAUCUAUGGGCAAAAUCAAACCUUGUAUUUGUCAGUAAUUUGGUCUGCGGGUACUCAUGUUGCAUUGCGCAUACUUUAUUGAGCCGUCAUUGUCAACACAUGCUAAAGCGUGCUUACUCGGGCAUCGUAACUUGCAC